AUGAACAUUUUAGAAUUGUUAGAGGUUGUCAAGAAAAUCAAACCAUUGUACAAUAAGUAUGUUAUCGAUGAGAUGGUCAAAGCUAAUAAUAAAAUUGUCCUCAGAUUACCUCCUUACCACUGUGAGCUUAACCCUAUUGAGCUUGCAUGGGCUGCAGUGAAAAGAUAUGUGAGAGACAACAACAAAACAUUUAAACUACCAGAUGUCAAAAAAUUACUUGAAGAAGGGGUGAACAAAAUUGAUGGUGAUAUGUGGAAAAAUUUUAUUCGACACGUGAAAAAGGAGGAAGAAAAAGCUUGGGAAUUGGAUAACGUGGUCGAUGACGUUAUGACUGCAGAGAACCAACCAUGCGUUCUAACCGUAGGCAAUAGCGAAAACGACACGGAUGAAAAAUCAGACGACGAUGAAGACUUUAGAUAUUUAUCAGACAAUUCAGACACCGAUUAA